AUGCAUCUCGUUCUGACAGGCGCUACUGGCCUAGUCGGCUCCUCCGUCCUAGACGCCAUGCUCAAAAACACGAGCAUCUCUAAGAUCUCGAUUCUGAGCCGAAGAGCCGUGCCCAUGGCUGACGACGCGAAAGACCCGCGUGUCCGCGUCAUCACACAUCGUGAUUUUAAAUCGUAUGGACCAGAGGUCCUGGACCAAUUGAAGGGCGCCGAAGGAUGCGUUUGGGCCUUGGGAAUCAGUCAAAGCCUGGUCAACGCAGACGAGUAUGUCAAAAUCACCAAGGACUACGCGCUUGCUGCAGCCAACGCGUUCUCGACGCUCGAAACUCCACAGCACCCCUUUCGCUUCGUAUAUGUAUCUGGCGAAGGAGCGACACAAAAUCCGGGGCGAUUCUCACCAAUCUACGCUAGAGUCAAAGGCGAAACUGAGAAGCUCUUGGGAGAUCUAUCCCAACAAAAUCCCCGUAUCCGAGUCGACAGCAUGAGACCUGGAUUCGUUGAUUUCGCAGCUCAUGACUCUAUCAAGCCCUAUAUCCCGACGCCAGGGAUCUCCCUGAGGGUACUUCUGUCUAUCGUAGGUCCGCCUGUUCGGGCAUUUUACUCGCAAGCGCAAUCUCCGACAGAGCAGCUGGGUGGAUUCUUGACCGAGAUGGCGAUGGGUCGGAUGGAAGGGAAAUAUGAAGGUGUGGGUGUAUUCAAGCUUGGGGGUAGCUGGAUUGUUGAAAAUAAGGGUAUGCGGAGGAUAAUGGGAUUGUAA